AUGAAGAGACGCAAGUGUCCCUACAAAUGUCCCUCAAGAAGGAAUAUCCUGAUCCUGUGUGUUACCGGGUGGCUGAUUGCACUGCUGAAACUCCUUCAUGUCGAAAGACACUUUUUACCCUCUAAGGGCAUUUAUUUGGUUGAGCACUUCUUGAGCACUUCCUCGUAUGUUAGAAACAGAUAUUCCUACCUUAGAAAUGAGUUCCAGUAUGAAAUUAAUUGUUCAUCAAUAUAUGAACAAGAUCCCCAUGAAAUUGGCAAGAGUUUAGAGAUAAGAAGAAAAGAGAUAAUUGAUUUAGCUGAUGAAGAUGUCAUAGCAAUGACAAGUGCUUGUGAUGUCUAUCGUUCACUUAGGAAAUACCACCUAAAACUUGUUUCUCCAGAAGAGGAGAGCUUUCCAGUCGCCUAUUCUUUGGUUGUUCAUAAAGAUGCAGUAAUGGUAGAACGGCUUAUUCAUUCACUGUACAGUCAUCAAAAUAUUUACUGCAUCCAUUAUGACCGAAAAGCAGCAAAAAGUUUCAAAUCUGCUAUGAACAAUCUAGCUAAAUGCUUUCCCAAUGUUUUCAUUGCGUCAAAAUUGGAGACAGUGGACUAUGCGCAUAUUUCACGGCUGCAAGCAGAUUUCAAUUGUUUGUCUGAUUUGAUGGAGUCUUCAGUCCCCUGGAAGUAUGUUAUUAAUUUGUGUGGCCAGGAUUUCCCUUUGAGGUCAAAUUUUGAGUUGGUUGCUGAACUGAAGAAACUUAGUGGAAGAAACAUGCUGGAAACCAUGAAGCCAAGCAGCAGCAAAAGAGAACGAUUUACUUAUCAUUACGAACUUACAAAAGUGCCUUAUGAAUACAUACAGAUGCCUGUAAAAACCAAUGUUUCCAAGAAUCCACCACCUCAUAAUAUUGAGGUAUUUGUAGGCAGUGCCUAUUUUGUUUUAAGCCGAGCAUUUAUUCAAUAUACCCUUGAAAGUUCUCUUGCAAAAGAUUUUUUUGAGUGGUCAAGGGAUACAUACUCUCCAGAUGAACACUUCUGGGCCACUCUUGUACGCGUUCCUGGGGUCCCUGGGGAAGUUCCAAGGUCAGCCCAGGACAUAACAGACCUACAAAGCAAAACUCGUCUGGUGAAGUGGAAUUAUCUUGAAGACCAUUUGUAUCCUCCCUGCACUGGUACACAUCUUCGCAGUGUCUGCAUCUAUGGGGCUGCAGAAUUAAGAUGGCUUAUGAAUUAUGGGCACUGGUUCGCCAACAAGUUUGACUCCAAAGUAGACCCUGUCCUGGUAAAAUGCUUGGCAGAAAAACUGGCAGAACAACAGAAAGAGUGGGUGUAUUUGUCUUCUGAUAAUUACUUUCUGCAGAUAAAUUCUAUGAAUGCCUCGCUGUAG